GUGAUUGAAUUGUUACACCCCGAGUGUACGUUACACACAGCCACGCCUGCACUCGUGCAUUAUUCUACAGUCACCCAGAGGCACUGACACGUACACACACCAAAACAUGCAUCCCCUGUAUAUAGCCUUCAUAUAGACUGUUGGGGAAACUGCUGUUUGUGACCACGAAUGAAGGCUGACAUGGCAUAACAAGGAGGUGGUGUGCCAAGCAUCACGUCCAGCUGCCUAUGUUUACACAGGUAUUUAUUUUAAAGUUUGAGUGAACGUCAGGGAGGCACAGGACUAACUGAUGUUAGUCGUUGCUAGGAACCAAACUCGGUUUGCCGGUUUCAUAGCGGAGUGCAAUAUGCCCGUAUAUACACACACACAAACACAUUACCCAAACAAGUGCGAAGACUGUUAGUGAGCAUCGAUGAAGGAAAACACAAUCACAGGAGGUGACUAAGUGGCUGCCCUUUGUGUCCCCAGUCCUGUUAAUCGCACACAACAUCGGAUACUCAGCUACAGUCGUGCUGACCUAGAGGCAUGGGACAAGUGCUGAACCACCAUUGGAACCUCCUUUGCCAGUAGCAAAAUAUGAUAAUUGGUUUUUUACCCUUUUAUCUGGCAACAAAACUGACAUCUUUUUUUUUGUUUGCAUUCCGACCGCAGGGAUUGUGGUCAAUGCAAACAUGACUACUUGUAAAAAAGGUGUCAGUUUUGUUGCCAGAUAAAAGAGUAAAAAAACAAUUAUCAAGUGCUGAACCAUUUGCCACUGAUGUUAACCAGGACUGGGAAUUGAACUCGAGCCACUGUGUUUGAAGCGACAGUGCACAAACCCACGGGGGCCACCGCUCAUGCAGAUACACACGCACACACGUGUGGUGGCGCGUGCUUGCCGAGCCAGCAGCUUGCGCAUUUAGUGGAUGCACCGAGGCCAUACGGGCAAGAUGAUAGCCCACCCUCCAGGAGCGGAGAGUUGCCCGUAGGAUACAGUACCACAAGUAGCUUGCUCAAAUCAACUGGUGAACGUGGUUGUUUAUUUUCCUUAAAAGGAGGUAUCUCUCCGGCAAUAGUCUAAGGUACAAUUUGGAGUUAGAAAUGUCAUCUAAAUGCAAGACGCUGUGCAGAAACACAACAGGACAUCCAAUUGGCCAAACACCCCAAGCCCAGUCUUAAGAACUCGGUGCGAUCUUGUUAGGUUCCGAGGCGUUACAAAUAGUCGAUACGAACUGGGCGCAUCGUGCAGACAGAAGUGCUGGUGUGCAAUAUACGUGACAAAAGCAUCACUUACAAGCAGGUGGGACGCUAUGCUAAGAAUGAACAAAAACAUAGCAAUGUGCCUUGAUGUUUUCAUCUCGAUCAACCGUGACCUACUCAAUGGUAUGGGCUCCGAGGGGCUAAACACGCAUCUUAGCUGGAAUACUGUGUAACUUGGCAAUCGCAAAGGCACAGUUAAAAACAUUGCAAAACAAACAAUAGAGCUUCACGCAGAGAUAACAAUAAGGGAGCACGUGCAAAUAUUUAUAGAAUAUCAAGAUCUUAAGUCUACAAUCUUAAAUAACUUGUACAUUGACAUGUUUCGGAUAUUAUCUUGAUAAUACACCCCAGAAUAGUCAACAGUAGUCGUCCCGCACGUCCAAUUAGCACGAUUGGCUACGUGAGGUGCGAAAGAAGUUCAAAAUGCAUACGUACAUAGGACAGUUUCCUUAUAAAGAACCCUGGAGCAACCUUCCGUGGGAAUGUGGAAUUUGUAUUUCGUGCUCUGGCCAUGAAAGGGGAUAAGCCCCCCCUCCCCCAUUCUCCUUUUGAGUAGAAAACAAAGCAUGAGCACACACGUGUCAUUCGGGGUGUCAACAUUAAAUUAAAAAAAAGCAUUUUGGUGUCUCUCGUUUGUGAUGUCUAAUUUCUUCUGUGUUUGUUUCGAUGGUGUCAUCUCAUUUGCUUCAUCAAUUCGCUCCCAAGCCAACCGUGCUAAUCGGAGGUGCAGGGGAAGGACGACAAACUAAAAAAAACCCACAGGCUUUAGGGUUGUCCAGCAAUGGCCCCACCGGCACACCGACGAGGAAUCAAGGAGUACCUCUGCUGGCUCCGCUACCAGUACCUGCUGGUCACGUGCUGCUACGUCAUGGAGCCCUGGGAAAGAACCGUGUUCAACACCAUCUUCCUGUCAGUGAUGGCCAUGGUGGCCUACACCACCUAUGCCUUCGUGCCCAUGCACCUACGCUUUGCUGCCAGCCUGCUCUACAGCAUCCUGGGAAGCGAGUCUCCGGGCGGCGGCACUCAUGCAUCACAAAUGGAGGGUGCCAUAGUCUGAGCGCAACCGUUGGCGCUCAGACCGCACGGAUUUUUUCUGGAGGGCAUUUGCAAAACGUACUAUUGUCCAUUUUGUUUUCGGGGGAUUUUUUUAUUCGGAAAUAAAACGAUGGUAGUGUGUCCCCACAGCAGCGGGGUUGCCCUGACAUAAUAUUGAAGUUAUAAUCAGGCAGUGUUUAAAAUUUACCAAUUUCAGCUACGUCCCAGGUCCCUCUACCAAAUGUAUUAUCUUUAAAAGGUGCCAUGGUGCGAGGGAGUUAAUACAAAUCCUACCGCAUAGGUUUUGGCGGUUGUGUAGCAUAACUCUAUGAUGUGUUUACGGGUUGUACCGCACGCUUUCUGAAGAAACAUACUGAAGAGGCUCCCAGCACAUGGAGUGAAACGUCGGACAUCAUUCCAAACAAGCAGUGCAACCCCAAAACAUAUUGGAGAGCUUUAACGCUACUUCGCUCACACACUUGCCUACCCAUACCUACGUCCGCAAAAAUACACAUUUUAUUUUACACACAAACACUUAUACUAAGAAACUUUUUAAACCGCCGUUUAUAUUUAGUCCAUUUUAUUUGGUGUCCAUACCCCCCCCCGGGGGAAAUUAAAAUAAUACCCACCUGGUGGAGACCAUAAUUAGAAUCGGUCAGGUCGGAAAUUAAACAGCGGUGCCCUCCGUUAUAGCCCACAAACCCGUAAUCCUGAGGAUGUGAAAAACUAGCCAAAUACAAAACGAGCCGUCUUAAACUGAAACAAAUUGUAAGACUGCUCAUUUUGUAAUAUAGAAUGAGGAAAGAAUGUACAAAGGCUGGAUUUAUCCCAGAUGGAUAUCGUUCACUGACCUUCUCUAUAUAUAUAUUCACAAGGGCUUUUGUGAACGCUCGUGUGUAUGAAAACCAUCAACAAAUAUUCUCUUCACUGUAAACACGUUCCUCGCAAACAGUACCAACCAUUAUCUUGUGAAUUCAAUCUAUUGAAACAUAAAUCACACCAUUACACAGUUGUAAAUAGAUGCAUUUGCCAUUUUGUUAACAACUAAGUAACUUUAUGGUGGUAGCAUUUAAUCAAAAAAUAUUUUAAUCUUCUUUAAUUAAUAAAUAAAGAAAUGGAAUGGUAUGCAUAGGUUAACUCCAAAUCAUCCCUUGAAUGUUACACUAAAACUAUGUUCCUGCUUUCUGUGGCACAUCGCAAAGAAAAUAGUGUCUUUAAAGAGGAAGCGUAAACCUUACAACACGAACAGCAAAAAAGAUGACUAAGUGUCUAACCAAUGAAAUGUGCUAUAACAUGAGGUUUUACAUAUCUUCCAUUGCAACAUACGUAAUAUAUAAAAUACUCUGACAUGUGCACAUACUUUUGUGCAGUUGCCAGGCAGCCAGCCAUGCACGAGGCAAAUUAACCGUAUCUGAAUCUGCCUUUAGGCAGUCUCUAGGAAACAAGGCCUUAAAUUAGCUGCUGGUCUGGGGAAUAACAAUCAAACCUGGGGUGACAAAAGCAUAGUGGCUGGCCACACAUGCUGUGCAACUCCUAAAUAGGUGCUUGCAAACAGCACUUGCCUCUAAAGGCCAAGCAAGGGAUUAUUUUUACGUGCAGUACAAUUUGCACCUGCAGUAGUAAUCGUAUUCUUAGCAAAAAUUACAUUAAAGACUCCUUGUAUUAGUGAAAGUAUAAAACAGCUGGCAUGUUGGUGGAAUAACUUCCCCAUUAUCCAAACCACCUCCACAUCAUUGAUAAAGUGCAUAGGAAUGUACAUACAAUAUUAUAUACUUUAUUGAACUUUAGUCAUUCCCCUCACCCAAAAAAAAGUCUUCUAGCAUGUGGUCAUACAUAUAUAAAGUAAUUGCCUGCAACAUGUAUUGUUCCCAAUAUCGCAUCUGUGAUUAAGUUGUAUGUAACUUUGUGCUAAUGUCGGUUUCUCUACUCAAGUGCCUACCAGGCUAGUGACCACUGUAUUGGUCAAUGACAAUUUCACCCGGUGAGGGCCUCCCCCUAGGUAAACUCAGCCUGAAACGAGUAACCCAGCUCCACGCAAGAGGCGAUGGGCUUGACUGUUCCCUUGAAUUUGCUGGACUCUGAUGAAGGUGACAACGAAGUUUUAUUUUGGUCAAGUUGUUUUUAAAUUGAGCUUCCAGUAAAUGAUUAAAAAUAAAGAUAAAAACAAAACUGCAUGAUAAAAAAUGGGACACCAUUCCUAGCCGGGUCUAAACUAUGGUAAAAAGGAUGUGUACAGUAUCACUUUUGUCUUACUUUGUCUUUUUUUGUACAACUUUCAAAUAUAAAUAAAUGACACACGGAAAAGAAGGAAAAUUCCUUUAGUUGCCAUACAAAUCAUGUGUGCAAAAUGACCAAUGACAACCUCCGAGUGUGUGUCUGGGCGUACCUGUGGAUUUUAAUGCAUGGAUCAGCACAGUAUCUGCACAACAUUUACAUGUGUCUAACAAAUGUGCACACGUCAUGGUCGUGCACUUGUGUUUUGUUUUCAUUUGUUUGUCAUUCCAAGCAAUAUUUGUAAUUGUUAGCCAAAUUAAUCGUAGAACAAAAUUGAAUGUAAUGGUUCUUUUUGUGCAGUCGCUGGUAACCGGGCUGAGAGUCUACGUGCGACAGGAAGAAAAAAAACCGAGUUUAAUCACGGGCGGCUUUUGCCUGAAUUUAAACCCAGGAUCUCCAUAGCAUCAGCUCCACGCUAUGACCUCGGAGACGUAUGGUCACUCCCGGCUACCGUGGCUCGUUCUCCAGUGACAAGAGUUGCCAAGACUUUGCGAGAAACCCGACUGGAUUGGUCCAUCUCAUGACAUUGUGCAAUGAGCACAAUUGGGAAAAAUUGUGGGUCAUGCAAUGCUGGUGUAUAAUUAAGGAGUUCUGUAUUUGUGACGUUUUAUGUCAAGGCUGUUUUGAAACUCGCGUUUUUUGGGGGUUUUGCAUUUUUUAAAACCUCUGUCCAAUAAACCUGGGCAGUUAACAUUUGUCGGACGCAAGUUAUUGUUGCAGCAUAAUCUUCUUUUUAGCGUGAGAAGCAGCUGGUUCAGCUGCAGACAAUAAGUCACGACAGCACAUGUACACGCAACGCAAAAUAAAAUAUAAGAUGCACAAAAAUAUAAAGGCGCAGCCCUGCAAUCCCUUGCUCAAAUUCACUGCGGGCAAAAUGGUCUUCAUUGGAGUGAGCUCCAUUGAGCCCAUCGAGGGUGUUGUUGGCCUACUCUUCCAUGUUGGUCAGACAUCUUGAAAGAAGUGCAAGUCGCCAUAGUUUACACUACCACACUUGGCAUGUCGAUUGACAAAACAGGUAAAGUGACAAACAUCCUCACAUGCAAAAGAAAUGUUUCUACGUGCAUUUAUAAUUCAAAAACGAGGGUUUUUAAAAUGGUAUUAAUCUAUCUUGAUUUGAAGCCUUUGUGACUGCAGGAAUCCAUACUCUUCGGUUAUUUCGGUA